AUGACGUCAACGCAGGGUUCAUCCUACGAUUGGAUCCUGGGCGAGGAUGCGGACGAGGACCUCGAGCCGUGGCAGCGGGUGCUGAAGGAGAACGCGAAGAAUGCCAAGGUCGAGCGCUUUCUCGAGCUCCUGCGGGGGAUCCUUGGACCCGACGAGCUCCUCAACCUCGCGGGGUUGGUCCGGGACAUGGACGUGCAGCACGUGCAGAAGCUGUACAUGAAGCAGUGGCAGGAACAUCAGAUGGCCGCUAGCGGUGGUGUACCACCGAUGAUGGAUCCCGCGGCGAUGAUGAUGGGGCAUCCUCCGCCAAUGAUGCCCCCGGGCUUCGUCCCCGGGUAUCUUCCACACUACGCAGGGUUUCCACCGCCGGGGGCUGGGGUCCCACCCCCGCGCCCGCCGCCUCCCCAGUGA